AUGACUGCGAAAGCUCUGGAGUCGGUCAGCCAUCGCUUGACCCCUGAUUCCACAGUCCUUCUUCUCCAAAAUGGCAUGGGAACCAUCGAGGAGAUUAACAAGAAGGUCUUCCCUGACCCUCUCCACCGUCCGCACUACAUGUGUGGUAUCAUUUCACAUGGCUUAGCGCGGAAACGGGACGCGUUCCAUGUCAGUCAUACAGGCAUUGGAACGACCAUCAUCAGUCCCGUCUUGCCGCGCGAGGCACAUUCAUCUGCGGAUGAGGAGGAGCUAGAGUGGGCUCCGAGUACGAAAUACCUCACACGUACAUUGACCCUCACGCCGCCGCUGGUUGCUGUGGCCGAGACUCCGUCCUCCCUUCUUCUAUAUCAGCUGGAGAAACUGGCAAUGAACGCUAUCAUUAAUCCCUUGACGGCCAUCAUGGAUUGUGAAAACGGGGAGAUUUUGUACAACUACAGCUUUACUCGCGUGAUGCGGAUGCUUUUGAUUGAGAUCUCGAGUGUCAUUUGCGCCUUGCCUGAACUGCAAGGUAUUCCUGGUAUUGAAAAUCGCUUUUCGCCAGAACGUCUUCGAUGGAUGGUCACUCAACUUGCGAACAAGACUGCCAAGAAUACCAGCUCCAUGCUGGCUGAUGUACGAUCUGGGAAAACCACGGAGAUCGAGUAUAUAAAUGGUUACAUUGUGCGCAGGGGCGAGGAGCUUGGCAUCAAGUGCGCAGUGAACUAUAUGAUUAAGAAUUUGGUCCUUGCCAAACAGCAACUGGCGAAGCAGAGAGUGUCCGGGGCUAUCCCUAUCGAUGUCCUUGGCGGUUCAAAACUUUGA